AUGAUGUCUCUUUCUCAUUCUCUCUCUCUACAUCUAUAUCUCUCUCUCUAAACGGGUUCUUGAGUAAACCUGCACGUGGAGGAAGAAGAAGAAAACAGAGCGAGAUCUGACCCAUUUUUCAAUUUUGGGUUUUUACAUAAACUCUUUAUUGGAUUUGGAGACCCUUUUUCAAAAGGGGUCUUCUUCUUUACGAAUCUUCUUAGCUCUAUACUCUGGUAUCUUGGAUUUUGUAGUUGGAGCUAUGUCGGUUGAGAUUGUGGGAUUCGAGAUGGUUCAAGGACCAAUGGAUAACGGUGUUGAAGGAGACAAACCUGUUGCUCUUGAAAAGGAGAAUGGAAAGCUGGAGAAAGAUGUGGGAGCUGGUGAGACCAUCAAGUUUGGGUCACAUGGAGAUGAAUCUGCGAAAGUGGAAGUCAACGAUGUUGCUGAUUCCAAUACCCCGAAAGAUGCUGCUGAAGAAUGGCCUGCACCUAAGCAGAUUCAUUAUUUUUACUUUGUCAGAUGCAGGCCUUAUGAUGAUCCAUCCAUCAAAGCUAAGAUUGAUCUGCUUGAUAAGGAGAUCAGCAAGAAAAAUCAAGCUCGGUUUCAGAUCACGGAAGCGCUGAAGGCAAAGAGGUCGGAAAAAUCUGAGUUGAUUUCUCAGAUUAAGAUUCUAAGAGAGGACAACAGGCAAUAUCAGAGUCUUUUUGAUGAGAAAAUGAAAGAGAUUGAGCCUCUGCAGCAGGCACUGGGAAAGCUGCGCAAUUCAAAUAAUGCUGGUCGGGGCGGUAUCUGCCAAUCCGAGGAGGAACUUAACAAAUUCAUAAAUGGCUUACAGUACCGCAUUCAGCACGAGAGCAUUCCAUUGACUGAAGAAAAGCAAAUCCUCCGUGAAAUCAAACAGCUUGAGGGGACAAGGGAGAAAGUCAUUGCCAAUUCUGCAAUGAGGACCAAGUUGCAUGAUACUAUUGGGCCGAAAGAUACCAUCCAAGACCAGGUUAAGCUUAUAGGUGGGGAUUUGGAUGGAGUGAAGAAAGAGAGACAGGCGAUUCGGUCCAAAAUCAAGCAAAUUGAUGAUGUGCUGAAAGCCAUUGACAUCGAUAUCCAGUCUCUGCAGGCAGAACUGGUAGCUGUUACUCAGAAGAGGGAACAAGCUUUUGAGAGCAUUCAGAAGCUGAGGAAACAGCGUGAUGAGGGGAACUCCUAUUUCUACCAAAGUCGUACACUUUUGACCAAGGCACGUGAGCUGGCUGCUAAGAAAGACGUUGCUGCUAUUGAUGAACUUUCUCAGACAGAGGGUGAGAAAUUCAUGGCACUUUGGAACGGCGGCAAAGCUUUUAGGGCUGAUUAUGAGAAAAGAAUUUUGUCAUCGUUGGACAUGCGGCAGCUGAGUAGGGAUGGGCGCAUAAGGAACUGGGAUGAAAAACCACUGCUGGAAGAACCGAAACCUGCUGCUGAACCUGAGGCAUUACCAAAACCUGUCGCAAAACAGCCAAAGGAAGCGCCUAAGCCUUCUCCAGUUGAAACUUUGCCAGCUCAAAAAGAAACCAAAUCCAAAGGGAGGGAUUUGGCAGCAAUUGAUGAUGAUUAUGAAUUUGAAAAUCCUCACAAGGAGGCCCCUGCUGCAAAAGAGCCUGAAAUUGAUCCAGCAAAGUUGAAAGAGAUGAAAAGAGAAGAGGAAAUUGCAAAAGCAAAGCUUGCUGCUGAAAGGAAGAAGAAGAUGGCAGAGAAAGCUGCAGCAAAAGCAGCUCUCAAAGCACAAAAGGAAGCUGAGAAGAAACUUAAGGUCCUCGAAAAGAAAGCAAAGAAGAAAUCUGGAGCUGUUGCCACUCCCCAGGAGGAACAGGAAGCUGCAGAAGUCGAGGCUACUGAACAAGAAAAGGUGGAUGAUGUUGUUGAGGCCCCUGCCCCAGUGAAGGAAAAGGUCACAAAGGAGAGCAGUGUCAGGUCCAGAAGCCGAGCAAAAGCACCAGAGGCGAUCCCAAAAGCUAUCCUGAAGCGGAAAAAGUCCAACAAUGACUUGCUUUGGACUGGUAUUGCUGUCUUGCUAAUCCUGAUGCUGUUGGGGCUUGCAUACAUCUAUUUUGUCUAAAGAAGAAGUUUAGUCCUAGAAGGAGUCUGUGAAACCAAUCUUCCUAAUGGAUGGUUAGGUUUAUGAGGUAGCUUAAGUUAUUUCUGUUCUUAUACAUCCUUAGGGGAAUUGAGUUGAGAAACACAUAUACUCCUGUUGUGCUUUUGCUCCUGUCUUUGGAAAAAAAGCUAUAUACACUAGUUUGGAUACUUAAUUUUCAAAUUUUGUUCAGAUUUCAUGUUACUGGAAGGUUUGGUGUUGUUGUGAUAUAGUUAAAUUUUCGGCGGAGGGAAUAGUAGCCAUGAUAUACUUUACAGAAUUCAAUUGUUGGUUAGUUUUGAUGGUAGACAAUAAAAUCACAUGGCUUGGAAAUUAAA